UCAGUGUUGUUGACAUAGCAUUUGAGCAGACUUUUUGACACCACUUACAGUACUGUAAAGUAUAUUUAGCGUUUAACGUGCAGCCUGACGAGCAUUCUACAAGGGAUUGUUGCUUCCCAGUUCCACAAUGGACUCCUCAUGUGCAGAGUGUAUCAAGGGUACCAUCCACAAAGGUCAACCUCUCGGCAGGGAAGAAUUGAUUCACGGCCUGAAUACGUACGUGAUCGGCAAUCGGACCAAUCCGCGCGGCAUCAUAGUCAUGUACUCGGACAUCUUCAGCCUGCCGUUGCCCAACAAUAAACUCAUCGCCGACGCCUACGCCAAAAGUGGAGAGUGGUUGAUCUACUUCCCCGACUUCUUCAAGGGAGAUCCUGUACCGCUCAAGAACGUGAAUACCUUGAUCCCAGUCGAUGCUGCCAAGCAGUCGAAAUUGUCAUUGUAUACGGGGCUGCUCGCAUUCAUGCCGCCUUUUCUAUUGUGGAUGACCAGGCACAAGGAAGGCCCUACCAACAAGGUGUGCAUGGACUUUUUGCAGGCAUUGAGACUCGCAACACCCAAAGAACAGAAGAUUGGGAUGGUGGGCUUCUGUUGGGGCGGAAAGUAUGCAAUUCGAGCCGGACUGGAGAGCAACAUGAUUGAAAAGGCUGGCCAGAAAGUGCCGCUUGUCGAUGCGGUGGUGGCUUUGCAUCCAAGUCAUCUGACUCUGCCGGACGAUGUCGAACACCUGGUCGUACCUGUGAGUUAUGGGUGGGGCGUGGAGGAUAGUGCCGUGAAGUUCGAACAGAAGAGCAAGGUGGAACAGAUCCAUGCGGCAGCCAAGUCGAAGGGCCGCAAGGUGCCGGAAAUGGAGCAUCAAGUCUAUAGGCCAGGACGGCAUGGCUUCGCCGUGAGAGGCAAUCCGGACAACCCAGAGGAGAGGGCGUGUCUGGAGAACUCGCAAAAGCAGGUUCUAAGCUGGUUCGACCGAUGGAUUUGAUGGAGCUGGCGAGGUCUGACCUUGUUUGUGUGAAUCAAGCCCCGUGGUAUUCGAGAGCGCACUAUAAGAUA